ANGGAAAUUAGAAAUGGCUGCGAUGGGUAGUGGACGGGGAACUAUGGAUUCCCAAAAUCAAGUGCAAAGUGAUACUGUAGAUCGUUUAAAAUUGCUUUAUCCUAACGUGAACGAAGAUGAAACACCUUUACCAAGAGCGUGGAGUACUAAGGACAAAUUCAGCUACAUUGGUUUAUCGCAAAAUAAUCUUCGAGUCCAUUACAAAGGUCAUGGCAAGACUCAUAAGGAUGCAGCGAGCGUGCGGGCCACGCACCCUAUCCCGGCAUCGUGUGGGCUCUAUUACUUCGAGGUCCGCAUCGUGUCCAAAGGCCGCGACGGCUACAUGGGCAUCGGGCUCUCCGCUCACGGCGUCAAUAUGAACCGCUUACCUGGCUCCCCGUUUCCAGGCUGGGACAAGCAUUCGUACGGGUACCACGGCGACGACGGCCACUCCUUCUGCUCGUCCGGCACGGGCCAGCCGUACGGGCCCACCUUCACCACCGGUGACGUCAUCGGCUGCGGAGUCAACCUCGUCGACAACACCUGCUUUUACACGAAGAACGGGCACCAUCUAGGCAUCGCGUUUCGUGGCUUGCCGCCGAACCUGUACCCGACGGUGGGGCUGCAGACGCCCGGCGAGGUGGUGGACGCGAACUUCGGGCAGCAGCCCUUCGUGUUCGACAUCGAGGACAUGCUGCGCGAACUGCGCGCGCGCACCCGCCUCGCCAUCGACGACUUCCCGCUGCCCGACGAGGCGCGCUGGCAGCAGGUGCUGCACAGGAUGGUGUCGUCGUACCUGGUGCACCACGGCUACUGCGGCACGGCGCAGGCGUUCGCGCGCGCCACCGCACAGCCGAUCGUCGAGGACAUCGCCUCCAUCAAGAACAGGCAGCGGGUGUCAAAACUGGUGCUGGCGGGGCGCAUCGGCGAGGCCAUCGAGCUGACGCGGCGGCUGUACCCCGGCCUGCUGGAGCGCGACCAGGACCUGCUGUUCCUGCUCAAGUGCCGCCAGUUCGUCGAGAUGGUCAACGGCUCGGACUCCGAGGUGAGCGGGCUGGCGCGCUGCGUGGCGGGCGCGGGCGCGGGCUGCGGCUGCGGCGCCACCGUCAUCGCGCACACCGGCCGCCCGCCCGCCACCAACGGUGUACAGGGUAGCACGUCAGAGGAGCACACAACAAAUUGUGACGUAGACAUGCCGCCUGCGCCGCACGCCACCAACGGCGCUCACGCAGGUAACGUACCGCGCCACACCUAUGCACACAAACAAGUUCUAAACACACACAACGAAAUAAUCACACAUACAGGGUUAGUUAACUUAUUGGAUUAUAGAGCAAGAUUGUUUAGCGCUAACCUUGGCUAAAAAGAACAAUAAUGCAUACAAUACU